AUGGACCAGGGUCUAAGCCUGACGGCACUGUCCAGCUUUCAUAAUGCUGUGCUUGAUGGUGACGUAGUAAAGGUCAAGGCAUUUCUUACUACUGGACUUGUUAAAGUUGACGAACCAGACGAGGUAAAUAUUAACCUCUUCUCUAACUGCUUACAGGAUGGUAUGACCGCUUUGCUCCAAGCUUGUUACCGUGGGAAUGUUGAAAUAGCUAAAAUUUUGGUUGAUUCUGGCGCUGAUGUAAAUUGGUCGAAACACAGGCAGGAAUAUACUGCAUUAAUGUUUGCGGCACUCUCGGGAAAACUGGAAAUCAUUAACUUUCUCCUCUCGUGUGGUGCCAAACCUGAUAUGACGAACUGUUUGAAACGAACGGCUGCCGAAAUGGCUUCAUUUGUCGGUAAUCACUUCGCGGCUGCUCAAAUUAACACCUACAUUGAAAAAGAAGAACUGAUCCAGUUUACCAAAAAAAGUGCCGCAGAAAAUUCCCAACUCUCUACCGACCUUGUUGAACCUCUUCAUCACCUUGUUACCAAUCUCAACUUUGCUCCUGUAAAAGUUUUCCUCUAUCUCUCUUCCGCUGCUGGAAAAUCGCUCUUGGAGAGUUGGAAAAACGUAGUUGCUGUCCUAGAAAAACUAGUUGAACAGCAUUUUACUCCCCAAAGGACUCACGAACACAUCGCGAUCAAACUCCAUCUCCUAUGCGCUAUGGUUAGACGUGCUGGAGAGUAUUUGGAAGCAGGAAUUGAUGGUGAUGAUAAGGAAAUUAAGGCUGUCCACGAAGAAAAGAACGUCUUUGCUCUCGAACCUUUAAUUAAGAACUUUCUUCGUGGUACCGACCCCCACGGUCUACCGAAGGGCCAGGAAGCAUUCCUCCGGAAAUGCCUCGUGUCCUUUCCACAUGCGGAGUCAACUCUGUGGCGACAGACGGUGACGCAGAUAGGAGGUGUAGAGGUGGGUCAGGCGCCGACUUGCCUCACUAUCCUCGAGAAUGCCAUCAACGGUUUCUCGUCCUUCUCUCGCAGCACCUCACGCGAUGGUAUCAUCAACGAGCCCUGCGCCACCUGCUCCGACAUGCCCAGCUAUGCGAAGGACCUCCAAGUCAAGUGGUGCUCGCGUUGCCACGAGGCUGCCUACUGUUCAGUAGCCUGCCAGAAGCUGCAUUGGUUCACGCACAAAAAGUACUGCCCCAUUCUCAAAGAACACCAUGAAUCCGUCGCGAGAAGCCAGUCAAAGGAAAAGGCCAAACCGACUGAGGAAGAGAUGUCCAAUUUUCAAGAAGAAAUAUCCGCAUAUUUGCCUCACUGA